AGCUGCCUGCUGAGGUCUGUCCCUUCCAGGACUAGCUGGAUCCCUUCUGCACCCCCAGCUGCACCAACGUUCAGUAUUGGGGGCUCUCCUCAAGACUAGGGGAAAUGUAGGAUGAGUUUUCCCUGCUGAGGGAGCUGCCAGUUCCAGGUGCCACCCAGCACUCCUUCACCUGUACUUCCGCCCCGCCCACUCCACGGCCUCUCCAGGACUUGUACCCUAGGGCUUCUUGGAGUCUGGGGUGUCCCUGGAGCCAGGGCUUUUUCUGGCAGAGUCCAAGGCUCACUGAUGUCAUCAGACCUUUCCAUGAGUGAGGUAAACCAAACUGAGGGGGAGCCCCCAGAAUUCACCACCAUAUCAGCUGAGGUCCCUGUUCUGAGCACUGGGGGCCGGGCAUGGCCUGUGCUAGUAGGGGUCGUGCUGGGGGCGGUGGUCCUCUCCCUACUCAUCGCACUUGUUGCCAAAUGUCACCUCUGUCACCGUUAUCGAGCCAGCUAUCAACAUCGCCCAUUGCCGGGAACAGGGGGUGGGAACCGUCCGCAGGUGGGUGAAGAUGAGGAUGAUGAUGGUUUCAUCGAGGACAAUUACAUUCAGCCUGGGGCUGGUGAGAUGGAGACAGCAGGAAGCAGGGACCACUUUUCCCUGUGAGCCCCAUCUUUGGACACCACCCGCCCUUCCUUCCAUGCCUGACAGUUUAAAGACAACAGUACUUUAAGCCUCAGAGACACAGGUGUCUGGUGCUUAAAGGUUGACCAGGAGUCUUUUUUAACACUAGUCACCAGAGUGACAGUGACCCUCUUUUGCUCAAUAACUCUCAGUGGCUCCUGCAGUCCCAAGAUAAAGCCUGACAAGGAAUGAAUUUGGAGAAAAGGCCCCUGUGAUCAGGUGGCUUGCUUUCCUUUCUCUGCUACCCCCACUGUCCUCUAUACAUAACUAAAUGCUUAUGGUAUUUGUUCCCCCUGCCUGGGCUGCCCUGUCCUUUCUCAGUGAUGACAACCCCAGUCCACAGGCCUCAGGAUUUCACAUGUGCCCCAGCAGGAGAGACAAUGUUUUUCUUACCAAUGAAGUGUGUAAUCUGGUUGUAAUAUAUUAUGUUUUUCACAUGAAUUAAUAAAUCUAUUUUCAUUUUGGAUUAA